ACAGUCAUAUUUUUCCUCUCUAUCAUACGAGUAGCACAAUUACUUGUGUGUGCUUGGUGCGUUCGCAUUGCAAUCGAAUCGAGUAUUUUUCCAAAAUAAAAAGAAAAAAAAAUCCGAAAAAAACCCAACAGAAGAACCACAGAAUUAGUUAUUUUAUUUUGUCAUAACGAUAUUUAGUGAGUGUGUGAAACGAUGGCGAGUCCUGGGAUUACGGAUAAUAAAUCAAUAAUUAAACAGCAAAAUUCGAUGGUUGGCUCUUUCACCGAUGCUUCCCCACAGAAACAGGAUGGUACCCGCAAAUUAAAUGCACCCGUAGAUACUGCAACAAACACAUUGCAUUGGUUCGCACAGAUUGGUCACGAAUUUGUUGAAAAUGAUGAACGCGAUAACGGUGAAGCGCGAGAUCGCGAUGAGAGAUUGCGAUUGAUAAAAGAUCAACAGAAUUUGGAACGACAAAAGAAACUCGAUGAGCUCAAAGCACAAGCAAUGGCAGCGCAAAAGUAUCGCGAACAAAAAGAAGAAGAACGCAAGCGGCGCAUCGAAGAAAUGCGAUUAAGAGAGAACGACAAAAGACAGCAGGUCGAAGAUCGAAAGAAAGCAAUAGAAGAAGCGGAACGAGAGCGUCGCGAAUACAUUGUGCGAAAGAACCAAGAACGAGAAACUCGUCUCGACACAAAACGACGGAAUGAACGAAGCUCGAUAUCGUUUGCAUUUGGUUCGUCAACACCACGACUAUUGGAUCCCGUUGAAGUGAAUUUGGUGGCGCCGACUGGCUCCUAUUGGAACAAUCGUCGCUCAACAUCCAUAACAAAUGUUUCAUACGGUGGCGGUGGUGCAACACAAUUAUCACGUCGCAGCUCCGAACGGGAGCUCAGCGACGGAGCGAAAAAACGUGCUACGUCAGCCAGUGGCUUGGAUCGUCCAGACGAUUUACACAAAAUGUCCACAUCAAUGUACGAAGUAUUCAACUGGGGCCAUGUGAAUGAGUCUCGACCGAAGAGACUGUCAUUAUUCGCUGGCGCUUCAGAAAUUAACAUUGAUGAUCCACCGCCAGCGACAAAACCAACACGAAAUACUGCUAACACGAGAUACGAUGAUUCCAAUGAUACAUCACCGUUCGUUAUUCGAAGUGUCGCCCGACGAAAAACCGAUUUAAUACCAACCAUACCGAUCCGUGAUUCAAGUUUCGGCUCUCGAACGUCUUUGUAUUGUUCCACACCGCGUACACAAGUAGAUUUCAAGAUUAAAGGACGUGCCGUAUCAAUGACUCGCUUAGAUCAAUUGGCACAGCCGACCAGACGCAAGGGAGAACAUGUUCGGGCGGUAAUUGAACGUGAGCGUCAACAGCAAAUUGAAACGAAUUUAGAAGCUGAACGGGUGGCCACAGCCCGAAAAAUGUCACGCAGUUUAACGCAUUUAUCGUCGAGUUCAUCGACACGAAGUCCAGCUCAGCUUCGUUUAUAUCAACCGAGCAGCGCAUCGAAAAAUAUGAGUAACAACAACAACAACAACAACAACCAUGUGCGACCGUUACGUAAGUCAAACGCAACGAAAAGUAUGACACAAUUGGUUACAGCCAAAUUGCUAAGCACACCAAAAACUACGCCGACUGUGGUUCAAGCACGUAUUGCACAAAAGCAUGCAAACGAUACUGAAAUCGAUUCGCGAACAACUAAUGUUUCUGCAGGUUCACGAUCUGGUGAUGUGACACCUGGCGGCUCAUCACGACCCGGAAGCGCAAUGUCGACAUCAACCAUGUCAACAUCCGGCGUUGUUCGACGCUCUGGAGGCACUAGAAAACCACGACCAUCCAGCAUUGCUGGAACUGGCAUGACGCCAGACUGCAAUGAGUCAUCCAAACCACAGAAAAAAGACAGACCACCAUCGAGACCUUCGUCGGCUGUACGAAGAUCAUCGUCAACAACCACAGCAAAUGCGACAAAGGAAGCACAAGCGGCAGCUUCACCCAAAAUGUCAACAUCUCUACAUGAAACUCCAAAACGUAGUGUAAAAUCGGCACCACCGAAGAAGACCGCAACGCCGCGUGGAGCAUCAACACCAAAGCUACCAUCACCACAAACUGAAAGCGCGACUCCAAAAACAGUUCCUAAUGAAACACCAGAGAAUUCCGUAGAAAUUGUUCAAACAGUAGAACAAGUGAACGAACCAAUUGCCGUCGAAGAGGUAAAAAUCGUUGAAACGAAGACAGUCGAAACAGUAACGACCACUGAAGUUGUUUCCGGCGACGGUGAAUCCGUUCAAUCUACUGAAACACAUGAGAUUAAGACCGAGAUUACUUCCGAGUCAGAACCGGUUUCAAAUGUCGAUAACAUCGACAAUAAUAAAUUGACCGAACCAGAGAACAAUGAGAUGACAGCAUCAAUGAUUCAACGUCGUGUGCUUUCCGAGCAUGAGGCUAAAGCAGCUCUUGCUGAACGUCGCCGAUUGGCUCGCGAGGAAGCUGAAAGACAGGCAGAAUUGGAGCGUCAGAAACAAGAAGAAGAACGACAACGCGAAUUGCAAUUGCAGGCCGAAGAAGAAGAGAAACAAAGACAAUUCGAAUUGGAAGCCCAACGAUUGGUUGAAGAGCAACGUCAGGCAGAAGAGAAACGCUUGCAACAAGCCAUCGAAGAGGCUCGCCAACGUGAGGAAGCUGAACGUUUGCGCAAAGCCGAUGAGGAAAAACAACGUUUAGAAAGAGAAGAACAAGAGAAGAAGGCACGUGAAGAGGCCGAGAGACAGAAAAUUGAAGUUGCCGAACGACUAAAGAAAGAAGAAAAAGAACGAGAGGAACGCCGUAAACGUGUUGAAGCGAUCAUGUCACGUACACGAGCCAAAACGGCCGCAGCCAAUAAUUUCGCAUCAAAUACUCCAAACAAGGCGGAAAAUGAAGCUGGAAACAAUGGUGUGAAUAGUACCGAGUCUACACAGCCAUCGACUGAGCCAGCCCAAGACGAUGAAACAUCUGCCAAUAAUACGAAAAAUGCGCUGGGCGAUUAUGAGAAGAGUGUGACUGACAAAGAGAACGCCCUCAUCCACACGUUUAGCAAUUUGAUAGAAAACAAUUUGAUAUCAACACCCACACAACAGUCUCCUCAACAUCAUGCAGAUAACAAUGGUGUGCACAAAACCAAUGGCAAAUUGAUAGAUUUCACACUGAACGAUGAACAUCAGCCGCCCAUUUCAAAUGGUAAUGGUUUUAGUUUAGAUAAUAAAAUUGAAUCUGGCAUAGGCAUAGGAAAUAACUACAAUGAUUCAAUUACAAAUCAACUGCUAGAUCUAUCACUCGAUACGAAUCAAACAGCCGAACAUACAGUCAACUUCAAUAACAACAGCUUAAUCACAUCAGCACCACUAGUCACAUCCGAUAGUCAUGAAGCCAAAGAAAUUUCAUUGUUGUGAAAUUAUUGGAUUAAGUGACGUCUAGAAUAUUGAAUUAGUUGUUUAAUGUUUUUUUUUCUUCGAUUCUUCUGAUAAAUGAAUGUGUAUCUGCGGCAUGGAGUUGAGACUUUAAUGAUCGUUCGCAUCAACAGAUUCCGAAUGCAUAUAAAACGUUUUCUGCAACAGAUGAUGGGAGAAUAGUCUACAAAAAUCGACCGUUUUUAAAGAUGGAAAGAACAAAAGGAAUACAUUCACAUUGGCAUUAUUUUAAAAAUUCGUAAAGGAGGAAUUUUUUUUUUACACGAAAGAAUUUUUUUUUUAAUUUUGGAAUAUUCGUCUUGCGUUUAGUUAAUUUUUUUUUUUCAAAGUUCACAAUGAUAUGGUUCUAUGCAAUCCAAGCGAAUGGAUCAAUCAUGUUAAGUGUAAAUGAUUAGCUACCACAGAAUAGUUCAUGUUUAUUUUUUGUAUGAAGGUAAAGCCUACAAUAGAUUAGAUAAUCAUUUCGUUUUAUUCAACACUCAUCUCUCCUUCGAUAUAUAUUCUCACACGAUAUUCCCUCGAUACAGAAAACCGAAAGUGUCUAAUGAGCAGCUAAAACUAAUGUUGAAAUCAUCUGGUGCUUCAAAUGGUUGAUUUUUAUUCUCAUUUCUAUGUAUAAAGCUCACUAUAUUUUUUUUUAUCCGAUGAAUGCAAGGAAGUUUAUUGUUUUAAAUGUGUUUGUGUUGAAAAAAAAAAACCCAGCGAACGAGAAUAAAUCGAAACAAAACCAGUAAAUUCAUCAUAAAUGUAAUAAAAUCUGAAGUUUCAAACAA